AUGAAGAUGCUGGCCAUGUUUCUACUUAUCUGUGCCGUGAUGGCCCUGACUAAUGCUUCUGCUGCCCCAGAAGCAGAGCCUGAUGUGAAGAUGGGAGAACCAUCCGUUCAAGGGGAUGAGGAUCGCAUCCUCAAGAGUUCAAUAUUUUGUCCCCACGGAUGGAGUGGUUACAGGGGCCGCUGCUUCCUCUACAUUCCAACAGCAAUGACUUGGGCUAAUGCUGAGAAAACCUGUCUGAACCGAGGGGGGAACCUUGCGUCGGUGCACAGCUUUAGUGAGCAGAACUUUAUUCAGUCAUUGAUCCUGAGCCUCACUCAUUCAUAUCCACUCACAUGGCUUGGAGGCUCAGAUGCAGAGCAGGAGGGUACCUGGUUCUGGAGUGAUGGUACUCAUUUUGAGUUCACCUACUGGGAUGCAGGUCAGCCUGAUAACCGUGCACAGUCUCACUGUCUGCUCAUGAACUUUGGAGGUAACAAGAAAUUUGAUGAUCAGCCCUGCUAUUACUCAAUGCCAUUCGUCUGUGCAAUGAAACCGUGA